AUGAAUAUAGCAAAAAUAAUCGUCUUCGGGACGGAUUACACGCCACUCGAAUGUCUAUUGCUGUUCCAGUCUCUUGUCGCAUACGGCACUGAAGACCAAGCCUUCACGCGAAUUUCCGAUCUCCUCACAAACAAUUCACUGAUCAAGGAUGGACCCACCUACGAUGCGCAAAGGUUGAGCUCUGGUGCUCUGCGGCAAUUGUAUCUCCAGCUUCUACGGGAUGAGUUGAAGGCGGAAGAGCAGGAUGGGCACGAAGAUGCUGGCCAAGCCGCAUCCAAGAAGCGAAAACUCCAGAGUCCACCCCUGCCGUCUUUCAAGGAUGCGCAGGAAUAUCGAGACAAGCUCCCGUUGCUGGUGGACCGAUUAUAUGCACGAUACCGAGACUACAUGGUCAGGGCAAUCCAAGAGGAUGAGAGAAGAUAUGCAGAGGUGCAAGGAGAACUGGGAGAGAUCGAGAGAGGCGAGUGGGACGAGCGAAUCUUGAACGAAGAUCAGGCUUUGGCAAACAAGAACAUCACUGCUCCUACGGAACUCCUACGACCGAAGACGAAUGGUGCGCCACCGGAACCACUGCCACCAGAGACGCCUACAGCCUCUCUUGUUGAAGAGCAUCAAGCAGAAGUCACAAAGGAGCCAGUUCCACCUCCCGCCCCGGCACCAAAUCUCGACAUACAAGCAGAGCCACGUGCCAUCACAGACCUUACCAACAAGCAGGAAGGUCUCCCAUCCUCGCCGAAGAUACUUGAGCCACCUCGAACUGGAAAUGAACCUCCAGCACCGAAUCCACCACCUGCAAAUAUUGGUCCUCACGGUCCAUCCCCGCUUCAACCGGGGCCACAGCAGCCUAGGCCAUUGCAAUGGGAACCCCCUUACGGGCCGCCAAAUCAAGCCCUUCCAUACCCAGUUGGUGCUCCAUAUCCCCAAUUCAAUUCUUCUCAACACCCUCUUCAGGGCUACCCAGCUCCACUCAGAAGCUCUUUCUCCGGCCCUCAUGGCAUACCCCCACCGCAUCCUCAUAUGCCCUCAUCCCCACACGGCAUCUUGGUCCCUCCACCGAAUGCUAUUGGAAGAUCUUCCACCAAUGCCGCGAUGCCUCUCGAUGCUCUUGCCGAUGUUGCUGGGCAGCAAUUCCGUGCACCUCCUUCUGGGCCCCCUACGAUGCAACAACUGGGCCCUCACCCAGCAGGUUACCAACCACCAUAUCCACCUCAACAACAUCGUGCCCCUCCCGCUAAUGGCCCAGCCCAAUGGCCGCAGCAAUAUGUGCACCCCUACCAAGGUUCGCCUCAGCAAUACCCAUAUCCUCCAACCCAACGACCUCCAUAUCCUCCUCGCCCUGAUCUCAUUCAACCAGAGAAUAGACAUUAUACAUCUCCCUAUAAUGGCAGUCAAGGCCCACGGCCCCAGACCACAAGUCAGAAUCAAACACCAAGACUACGUCCAAGUCUCCCAUAUACCCCGUUAUCCCAAGGAGGCCUCGUUCCAUUGACUGGUAGUGGAACGAGAUGGACACCCAAGGUAGCUGGGACGACUCCUAGAUCUACCAUGUCAUUGUCUCCACCUGCGAUGGAACCACUCAGCCCUAUUCUCCGCCCAAAAGACGCACCUGAGACUUUGAAGAAAUCCGGAAAGAAGCAAAUGAAGACGUCGGAUCAGCCCAAGCCUACCAAGGCGCCUAAACGCGGCGUACAACCCACGAGAGCAGGAAGUACAGCCUCAUCAGUUAUUGCUGGGUCUUACAGAAGCCAGUCGGUCUUGUCUCAUGCUGACGAGGAUGAGCUGUCUUUGGACAAUGAUGUCGCAAGCCGUCACGUGAAGGAAGAAGUUGCGACGCCUCUCGGUGUUGACGAUGCUGGUGAUACCACUGCUGAUGAAUCUUCUACACACCUUCCACUGCCUUCACGGUCUGGCCCAUCCCCUCGACACCCGACGAAACGCAAACGAGCCUCCAGUAUACCUUUUGAAGCUCGUUCGGCCGGUCCCCCUGGUCAUGUUAUGUGGACUAAGGCAUUCCCCAAGAUCUCCGCAUCUGCACUGGAAUCUAUCUCCGGUCACCGAAAUGCUAGUACGUUCGCAGCACCUGUCAAAGAACGUGAUGCCCCUGGUUACACAAAUAUCAUUCUUCGCCCCCAAGACUUGAAGAGCAUUCGUGGUGCAAUUCUUCAUGGUUCUCGGGCCGCCACCGCUGCGGCUCCUGAAGAUAUGAACCCUAACGCAUCGAACAUUUGGCUACCCAUCUCUGAAGACCUCAUUCCACCCAAAGGGAUCAUCAAUUACGCACAACUGGAAAAGGAAUUGAUGCGCAUUUUUGCGAAUGCAGUCAUGUUCAACCCUGACCCUGACCGAGGUUUUGGAAAGAGAUGGCAAGGCAUCGGGAAGGGCAAAGGUGAUAGUGUCGGUUACGAAAUAGACGAGGACGGGGUGAUCAAGGAUACACGGGCAAUGUUUACAGACGUCGAGAAGGUCGUGGGCAGUCUGCGGAGUGCCGAACGGCGGAGUGAGGAGAUGAGGGAAAGCAGCAUGGCGAGGGGGGUUGGGGAUGACGAUGAGGUCGAUGAACUGGCCGGAGACGGUGAAAGCCACGCUGGUAACACUGGCAGCAUGGCGAAGCGACGACGGAAGGCUUGA